AUGCUCUAUUGCUCUGGCAGUCUGGGCAUCGACCCGAGAACCGGAGCCUUCGUCGCCGGCGAUGUAGUGGACAGGACCGUCCAAUCAUUACGGAACCUGAAACAGGUGCUCAUUGCCGGUGGGAGCGACUUGAGCAAGGUGGUCAAGGUCACCAUCUUCGUCUCGAGUAUGGCCCACUACGCCAAGGUGAAUGAAGGGUAUGCGAAGGUCUUUGGCGCUUAUGAUGUUAAGCCGUGCCGCACGUGCGUUGGUGUUGCAAGUCUUCCUUUAGAUGCGGAAGUCGAGUUUGAGCUCGUUGCUACCAUUUGGGUGAUCGUUGUGUAUGAGGUAGAGCCCUGCGCAAAGGGGUGGCCAAAAGGGCAUAGUGUAUAA